AUGGAUGCAGUUCGACCAUUACAGAUUGAAGUUGAUGAUGUUGACUUGAUUGACCGAGAUAAACCAUCCACUUCAACAACAUCCACCUCGUCAACAUCUUCAUCAAAGUCAAAGGACUAUAACAAAAAGAAUAAGAAUAAGGAUAAGAAGAAGAGAUCCAGAGAUGAUGAGAAUGAAGAAGAGAGACCUUACCAAGUUGGCAAUGGUUGGAAAUCUCUUGAGAUAUCAUUGGCCAAUGCUACAUCGGCAGCAGAUAGAUCAAAGGAACGUCGUACAACAGAUGGUGGCACUCAGCUACCUGUUGUAAUGGGCGGUGCAUUCUAUGAGAAGAAACAGGAGUACUUUAAUAAAUUCCAAUCACUAUUGGUGAAGGAAGCCAAGGCCGAGAAGUCAAAUAUUGAAAGGCGUCUAUUACGAAGCAGUAUACAUGCUUUGUGCAAUAGUGGACUGGCCGUGGCUGGCAUGACUGCACUGGUCUCUGGCCGUCUGUAUGGCGAGUUGAUAAUAAGGUUUGUGGCCAACGAUCUGGUCGACCUGAAAUGGGACGUUGGCGACGACGAGGACAUUGGCUCACUCAAACUCAAGGUUGGUGAACCUGUCAUUAUAAGUCGAGUUGAUCCCCUCAAGGAUGACGAUGUCUUCGAGGGCAUGCUCCUCGAGCUAUCCUCCAAAGCACUCAAAGUCUCACUAAAAUGUGAUGACAAGGCCGACCAAAUGGCCAAGAUGUUCACAAACACCAAGCCAUGGAGGGUGGACCAUGGAACCAACUGCAUAACGAUACAGAGGAUGAUGGAUGGUCUGCAUGCCAUUCAAUCAAGUCAGUUGUUGUACAAAACAAAGUUGUAUGAUAUUAUAACAGGACAUCUGAGGGGCGGCACAACAUUGGAGGCAGCAUGUGCCAAGGAAGUGGACAUUUACAAACUUCCAACACAGCGCGCCAAGGGCGAGAUGUUGCCACAUGACUUUAAGGAGUGGAAACUGAACGAGACACAACGCACUGUGAUCAAGAGUUGUGUGAAGAGGCGAGUGUCAUUGGUACAAGGACCACCUGGCACGGGAAAGACUACGACGGCGGUCAGUCUCGUGCGUCUGCUCAUCUAUCUCAAGUAUCAAUGUCAGAGCUCUUCAAAGAUCCUGGUCACGGCCUACACAAAUGCUGGCGUCGACAACCUUCUCGAACGAUUGUUGGCGUGUGGCGUCAAAGUGUUGCGACUGGGCCAGUCAUCAAGUGUUCGCGCCGACCUCCAAUCAGCCACACUCGACUACCGACUGCAGGAGGAGAUGCUGCAGUACAAGAGCAGACAGGAUCAAGCGGGCAUUGAGCGAGAUGUCAAGUCGAGAUUGAUCGCCGAGGUCGAUGUGAUAUGUACGACAUGCAUAUCGGCCGGCCAUCCGAUGCUGGACGACGAGACAUUCCCCAUUGUCGUUGUGGAUGAGGCCACCCAGGCGAUGGAGCCGGCCAUCCUCGUUCCACUACUCAAAGGAUCACAACAGUUGUUCUUAUUUGGUGAUCAGAAUCAGUUGGCGCCAACAGUAUGUUCCAAUGAGGCACACCUUGGUGGACUGUCCCAGGGACUAUUCCAGCGACUUGUCAAAGAGGGCAUUAAGCCCUAUCUCCUCGACAUCCAAUAUCGCAUGCACUCUCGAAUAGCCGAGUUCCCAUCAUUAUGUUUCUACGAGAACAAACUAAGGAAUGGUAUCGAUGAUGAUGAUAGACCAAUUCCAAAAGGCAUUGGAUGGCCUGUCCAGGAUUGGCCAGUGGCCUUUGUACACAUCAAUGGAAAGGAGAAGAUCCAGAACUAUUCAUAUUCCAACAAGAAGGAAGCCAACAAAGUAGUCGAGCUAUUGAAGUGUUUGGUAGCAGGCAACAAGGAUCUCAGAAUCAAUGACAUUGGAAUAAUUACACCAUACUCAUCACAAUCAAGAUUGAUUGUUGAUAAACUUAAAGCGGAGAAACAGUUUGCCAAACAAUUACCGACUGUGGCAACAGUGGAUUCGUUUCAAGGUAGAGAGAAGGAGAUUAUAAUUCUGUCAACGGUCAGAUCGAAUGAAGGUCAUCGUAUUGGAUUCCUAGAUGAUUGGCGUCGACUCAAUGUCUCACUGACAAGAUCAAAGCGUGGACUAUUAGUAGUUGGCAACAUCCAUCAUCUUGCCAAAUGUCCAUGUGAGCAAUGGUGUAAAUUUGCCAAAUGGUGUAUUGACAACAAGUUGGUAGUGGAUGAAGAUUAA